AUGGCAGGUCACAGGAUUAAAAGAGUUAAAGAGAUGAAGCUCCUAGGUAUCAUACUAGAUGAAGGCUUUACCUGGAUCCCCCAUUUAAGAUCGCAAAGAACAAAAGCAUUAAAAAUAGCCAUGAAUCUAAGGAAAAUGCAAGGCUCCAAAUGGGGACUGCGUCCCCAUAUUCUAAAGAUCCUAUACUCUGCAGUAGCAGAAAAGAUCAUGAUCUACGGGGCGGCAAUCUGGGCAAACCCCAUGACCUGCAGGAAACAAAAAAUUCUUCAAAGUUCCCAAAGACCUUUCGUACUGGCGAUUACAAAGGCAUAUCGAACAACGUCGACAGCAGCCGCAGCAGUUCUGGCGGGACUAAUCCCGUUACCAAUAAAAGCACAGCAGGAAGCCGCAAUUACAAUGUUUUCCCAACUGCAUAGAAAAGCACGAUUUGGGGAGUUCAGCUAUGACCCUGCAGACUUCGAGUUUAAAAGUUCAAAACUUAAAACGCACCCUUCAGAUUACGGGAAAGGUGUUGUGACUCACUUCGCCCCUGAAUUACCACCAUCCAUAGAGGGCCCGGGCUUCAUGAUUUACACGGAUGGGUCGAAGAUGGACAAUGCAGUCGGCAGCGCAUAUACAGUUUUCCAUAAUGGCACUGAAGUGCAAACCUGGAAGUGCCAUAUGUCUCCGCACAAUUCGGUCUUCCAGGCGGAAGCCCUUGCUUUGCUGAAAGCAAUAGAAUGGGCACAAACUACCACAGCAGAAGAUUUUACAAUCUAUACUGAUAGCCUAUCGGUACUAUACGCCAUCAACGACCCACGCCACACCUCCCCACUCGUGUCCCAAAUUCAGGAGACACUAAGAAAUACGAGUCCGGUCCAAAAAAAAAAUUGA